GUGAGGAAAACAAAAGGGGUCGUGGGGACAGCGAAGCAGAAAACGAGCUUCUUCUCAUAUAUAUAUAUAUAUAUAUAUAUGUAUGCAUAUGUGUAUGCGUGUGUGAGGCCUCUUGAGUCUUGGAAAUUGAGAGAUACAUGAAACUGCGAAAUUCUUCCGCUGAGUCGUAGUUUCUGUAUCUCUUUUUCUGAGAUUGAGCAGUAUUAGGCCACACCCAUUUUUCUUUUUCAUUUUCUGAAACAAAGGUUGAUUUGUUAGAGAGUCAGAGACUACUAGUAGACAAACAGAGAGAUACUUGACAAUUUCUGAGAAGAUGAAGCACAAGGACGGAAAGCCGGGUUACCAGCAGGACAAGAGUUCCAGGGUUGUCCCCAUGACAAUCAUGUUCGUCGUUCUUUGCGGGUUUUCGUUUUAUCUCGGUGGAAUCUUUUGCUCCGAGAAGAAGAGAUUUGAAGCGAGAGAUACCAACGAUGUUGCAAAAGCUGCUGUCCAAUCUUCCACGGAUUCAGCAGUGUCCUCCUCGCUCCAAGUUAAAUCUGUCACUUUUCCCGAAUGCGACAGCAACUAUCAGGACUACACUCCUUGCACUGAUCCAACGAAGUGGAAGAAGUAUGGUGUUCAUCGGCUGACAUUCAUGGAACGCCACUGUCCUCCGGUGUUCGAGAGGAAGGAAUGCUUAAUUCCUCCUCCAGAUGGGUACAAGCCACCCAUCAGAUGGCCAAAGAGCAGGGAUGAAUGUUGGUAUCGGAAUGUCCCUUAUGAUUGGAUUAACAAGCAGAAGUCUAACCAGAACUGGUUGAGGAAGGAGGGCGAGAAAUUCCUCUUUCCUGGUGGGGGUACUAUGUUCCCUAGAGGUGUUAGCGAAUAUGUAGAUUCGAUGCAAAGCCUUAUCCCAGAAAUGACAGAUGGGACCGUUCGAACUGCCAUUGAUACUGGAUGUGGGGUUGCAAGUUGGGGAGGCGAUUUGUUGGAUCGUGGAAUUCUAACCUUGUCUCUUGCUCCAAGAGAUAAUCAUGAAGCUCAAGUGCAGUUUGCCCUAGAACGUGGAAUUCCGGCGAUCCUUGGCAUUAUUUCUACUCAGAGGCUCGCUUUCCCAUCAAACUCAUUUGAUAUGGCUCACUGCUCUAGAUGCCUCAUUCCAUGGACAGAAUUUGGUGGAAUUUACCUUAUGGAAAUUCAUCGCAUACUCCGUCCUGGGGGGUUCUGGGUACUUUCAGGCCCACCUGUCAACUAUGAGCACCGCUGGCGUGGAUGGAACACAACCAUAGAGGAGCAGAGAUCCGAUUACGAGAAGUUGCAGGAUCUGCUCACUUCAUUGUGCUUCAAAUUGUACAACAAAAAAGAUGACAUUGCUGUCUGGCAGAAGGCUUCAGACAACAGCUGCUACAAUAAGAUUGCAAACAAUGCUGAGGCAUAUCCACCUAAAUGCGAUGACAGCCUUGAACCGGACUCUGCUUGGUACACUCCUCUCCGCUCUUGUGUUGUUGUUCCAAACCAGAAGCAUAAGAAAUCGGGUCUAAAAUCCGUCCCUAAAUGGCCCGAGAGGUUGAAUACCGCACCAGAACGUAUCUCCGACAUUCACGGUGGGAGUGCUAGCACUUUCAAUCACGACAAAAGCAAGUGGAAGGUGCGGGCAAAGCACUACAAGAAGUUGCUUGCAGCAAUUGGGACCGAUAAGAUUAGAAAUGUGAUGGACAUGAAUACAGUUUAUGGAGGUUUCGCUGCGGCCGUGAUUGAUGAUCCUUUGUGGGUCAUGAAUGUGGUCUCUUCAUAUGCGGCCAACACACUGCCUGUAGUCUUUGACCGUGGCCUUAUUGGGACUUACCACGAUUGGUGUGAAGCUUUCUCUACUUAUCCUCGAACUUAUGAUCUCCUGCAUCUUGAUGGCCUCUUCACUGCAGAAAGUCACAGAUGUGAUAUGAAGUAUGUGCUCUUGGAGAUGGACCGGAUCCUUCGCCCCAACGGCUACGCGAUAUUCCGGGAAUCCAGCUACUUCGUGGACGCUGUUGCCACGAUCGCCAAGGGGAUGAGAUGGGGUUGCCGCAAAGAGGACACCGAGUACGGCGUCGAAAAGGAGAAGAUAUUGAUAUGCCAGAAAAAGCUCUGGUAUUCCUCUAAUAAGAGUUCCCGGUGACAAAACAUAGAAGAACUCAAUUCAUGGUUUGAUUGAUUAGUCUCUUGGAGGGUUAAGUAUUAUUACUUACAAAUUCCAUGGUUAUAUAAGAAAGAAGAAGCAAAGAAAGAAGCCAGUUUUAUACCACUCACAAAGAGAUUAAUUGGUUCUACAGCAAGAAAAGCAAUUUUUAGAAUGAAAUUUGUUAAUUGAAAGACCCAAGUUACCCAAUAAGUUGAUUUUGUUGAUGAAUAGGGGAUUUUAUAAUACAGUUAUAUAUAUUCGUUAUAAGGUACCAAAAUUUGUACUUGGUAUAACUUUUCUUUUUGUUACUUUUUCAUUUGUUC